GAGCUGGGCGUCGGCGGCCCUGCGGGCCUCGGGGCCCUUGCGGGGGAUCGCUCCCGCGGCGGACGGCGACGCUGCGGCUGCGCGGGGCGCCGCUGCCGCGCUGGACGUGGUCGGCGAUUGCCCCGUCGUCGGGGCGAGUUCGGACGUGGAGUUCGAGCGCGUUGCCAGCCCGACCGCCCGGCCGAAGGAGCAGCCGGAUGUGUUGAAGCUGCAGGAGGAGGGGCCCACGGUGGAGUCCGAGCGGUUCCCGGUGGAGUCCGUGGGCGCGAGUGCGGCCGUUGACGUUGAGGUGCCCGCCGAGCUGGUCCAGGCGCUCACCACCGAGGAGCCCGCCAAGCUGCUCCAGACGGACACCACCGAGGAGCCUGUCGAGAUGGUCCAGGCGGAUACUUCCGGGGAGCCCGCCGAGCUGGUCGAGGCGGACACCAUCAAGGAGUCCGUCGAGCUGGUCCAG